UGAAGCGGUGGGUGAUGGUGGUGGAGCGAGAUGAAAAGUGGGUUCCUCAGUUUCCCUCUAAUCCCUCCCGCCGUUUUGGUCCAUCGUCGUCUACUCCAACUGGGAGGAAUGGCGGAGGUGGGUCCGUCACACCAUCUUCCCCCAAUUCAAGCUACGAUGAAGCAGUUUCAGCUUUGUGCAUCACCAACCGGUGCUCGCCAAAGUCAGUUUUCUCUCUUGUUUCCAAUUUAAGCAAGUUCAAGAAGCAGAUUGUUAGGGAUAUGGGUUUUGGGGGGAUUCUUGAAAUUCCUUGCAUUAGCAAGCUGAAUCUGAAACUUUCUGCUUGGUUGCUGAGCAAGCUGGACAGUGAGGAGAGUUGUCUGAUAUUUGGCCCAGGUAGACGAAUUUAUGUCCACGAGGAUGAUGUUGGUAUAGUUCUUGGUAUUCCUAAUGGCGACAUUGAUGUGUCUACCACUUCAGUGACUAAGGAACAAUUAGAAUUGCUGAGGUUCAGCAUAGGGUUAGCUAGUACAGAUCCUAGGAGUAUUAAGGGGAUUGAGUACGUUCUUGAGAAGCAUCUCGAUGAUCAAUCAUCAAGCCAGCAAAUCGAUGGUUUCAAAGUUGCCUUUGUUGUUUUCAUCAUUGGGCAUCUUCUUGCCCCUUGUGUGAAACAUGAUCAAGUGCAUCUGGAUUUCUGGGGUGCUUUGAAGAAUCAUGCAGCGCUCGAAAGGUACAACUGGUGUCGUUAUGUUUAUGGACAUGUGCUCGAGGCUGCUCAGAAAGUUUGAUCAGAAAUAAUCAACAAGGGUCGGGCAACUUCUUUGUCCGGGUGUCAUUACUUCUUACAGAUUCUAUUUCUAGAUAAUGUUGAUCUCAGUAGGCUUAACAAGCCACACAAAGUUGUCCCUCGACUGAAAGUUUUUGAUCAAGAAUCGUUGAAGUUGAUGGCAAUGAUGUGUGCCAGCAGAGGGGAACAGGAUUUUGCUAGUUUCAUCGGUAUUCGUUCUGCUGAAUCUUCUGGCUACAUGAGGCAUACUUUCCCGUCCCCGCAUACCACACCUUCUUCAUCAACUAUUCCUAGCCGUGUCACUGUACCAUUUGUAAGAAAGACGGAGCAGGGCAACAUUGAUUCAUCUUUACCCUUGAGCCCGCAGAAUGUUCCGUUCAAAAGUCCAAGUGAUUUCUAUUCAUACAUUCACCGACGUCAUCCCGGGAUGGAAAGGACAUAUUUUAUAGAUUACAUUAAGAAUCACAACGCAAGUAUGAUGAGGGAUAUUUCCGAGAUGCGCUCAUCUAUUACGAGACGUAAUGCACAUUUGGUUGAUUGGUUGGUGGAUAACGUUGGUCCACUUAAGAUGCAAUUGAUACAUAAGAAGCCAGCUGUAUCAGGUUGCAGCACUCCCAUUGCUCCAUCAAGCAUAACGCCGUCAGACAGAGGCCAUGAUGUUUCUAUGCAUACCAAAUCUACUUACAUGACCACCAAGAGAUCUGUUUGCUCAUCGGAGGUUACACCAGCAAAAAAGUUGAAAAGUUCUACAGAUUUUGGUGUUGAGACUCCAUCAUUUGAUCUUGGCAUUGAUGGCUCAAUAGCCGUUGGGGUUGAAGUAACCCCGCAGCACAUAAUUUUUGCUAUCGAACCAUUCAAAUAUCCAAUGCAAAGUGUGUCAAGAGGUGUUGCUCCUGCACGGCCAUCCUGUGGGUUAGCGGAAGUAUCACCUGCUGAUUCAAGUAGACACUUAGCACAAUGUGUUGUGCUUGACAUAAUUCAUGUAACUGAGGAAGGAAUUGAUCCCAAUGGUAAGGUUCUAUACGGCCAAUUGAUAACUCAGCCGUUUCAGAAAUGUGUUGCCCCAGACGCCCCUGUACCUUGUGUACCUUGGGCUCCUGAACUUCUUCAUCUUAAACAUGACCCGACCGCAGUCAACGACCUCAUAAUUUGCUGCAACGAUUUGUCUGAAGCGGCUGUUAGAUGUGAAUGGUUGGUUCAUUAGUUGCCACGGUAUUUGGUCCUCAGUGGGUCAGAACUUAUAAAUACUUUUGUCUAAGGUAAGGAUACUGAUUCGGACAUUAUCGAUGCUGCGUUCUGGCAUUUCUGUCAGCUAGAUGCUUCUGUGAAAUGUCCCGGCCCACCCGGGCGGUGGCGCCACUUCAUCGAAUCUGAUUUCGCGGUAUCAUUGCUUCUUUCCGCCCUACAUAGUAAUCGGCGAUGUAAAUCUUUGUUUUCCUUUUUAGUAUUUUAGCUAUUUGCAAUUUUCGUAUAUGCUUCGCAGAUGAACUGCCUCGCCGGUUACAAUCCUGAACGUAUCCUGUCUGUAUUAAAUCAAUUUACUAAGGUCGACUACUGCCUUCCAAGCUGUUAGAUGGUACAUCACACUCGGUUUCUAUCCCCCCCCCCUACAUCGGUUACUGAUAUCCAAAAUAGGUUGAUUACAUUUUGUUUUCUGCCCCCAUUAUGGGUCUUGUACUGUGCCCAUGUUCAUCUGUUUCCCCGAUGUGGUCAGAUCAUAGUCCCUGUACUGGUUGAUCAUAUAUGGUGCGCUUAUAUGUUUGACUCGCAUGGCUGCACCGUCCAUGUGUUUGAUCGUGCGCAUGCUGAAAGCCGUCACCAGGCACACAUGGAGAUCUUUAAAAUAUUGCAUGAUUCACUGUCAAGUUGUUUGGAACAUUUCUUCAAAGGAUGGUCUCUCAAGCCAUUUGAUUCCUGGUACCUGAACUAUCCUAGUCUCGGACCUGUCGUCUCAAAACCGAAUGAUUCUGGCAUUGUCAUGUUACAUUAUGCUCGGAAUUUCAAUGGCGGUCAAUUGAAUGAACAAGUGACAAAGGAUAACAUCUUAAGUAUUAGGCUUUCUAUGUUUGCUGACAUACUGAUGUUGGACGGCAACGAGGCCAAGCUCCCUGCCCUCGUCUUGAAAUUCCUCCCUAAGUGAACCGGUCGCCCCGUAUAUUUUGGUUACGCCUUCAAGUGGAGCUGUCUGUGGCGCAUAUUUUGGGCCAUAGUUGACGUUUGGGUUGUGAUCCGGUCGUCAAGACAGUUCAUCUCCUAAUUCAUUUUGUAACUGGUGGUGUUGUAAGUAACAUGAUGGUGUUUGUUGAUGAUUAACUGUGUUUGCGCCUUUUGCUCAAUGGAAA